UCUCCAAAAGUCCAACCCCCAAAAACCAUCUGAGAGAGAGAGAGAGAGAGAGAGAGAGAGACUCCCGUCUAAAAACAGUCAAACACCAGCUGGCGAAAACAAAACCACCACAGAUGCCACCCAACAAUUUCAACCACGGCGACGGAGCUUCCACUUCUCAGCCGCAACCUCCGCCUCGCCUCACCCGCGACCAGGAGUUCUCCGUCAUGGUCUCCGCCCUCGUCAACGUCAUCAACGGCACCACCACCACCACCGCCUCCCCGUACCAGGGGAAUCAAAUCGUGCCCAUUUCGGACCCCGACACGUGUCAGCAAUGCGAGAUCAAGGGUUGUUUGGGAUGCAACUUUUUCGGACCGACUCAAGAUAGCAAAACGAAGGGCAGUGGCAGGAAAGCGAAAAGUUCUAUAGCGGUCGUGAAGAAGAAGAAGAAGAAUUACAGGGGAGUGAGGCAGAGGCCGUGGGGGAAGUGGGCGGCGGAGAUCAGGGACCCGCGGCGGGCGGCGCGGGUGUGGCUGGGGACGUUCGAGACGGCGGAGGCCGCGGCGCGGGCCUACGACAAGGCGGCGAUCGAGUUCCGCGGGGCCCGGGCGAAGCUCAAUUUCCCUUUCCCUGAUGAACAGAGCACGUCGGUGGGUCAGGGUCAGGUGUCGAAUUCGGAGCAGAAUCAAGAAAAUCCGUCGAUGGAGAUGGGAAGGAACGACGAGAAAGAGUUCUGGGAAGGGAUCGGGGAGGAGAAGAUUGAAGAGUGGAUGGCGAUGUUGAUGGAUUUCAACGGUGGUCCCUCGGAUCACUCUGCUUUUGGAAAUGGGCACCGUUUUUAGCUAGAGCUAGUCUUAAUCAUGUCUAAAAAUUGAUCUCAAAACAUUCUUUCAAUCUUUGAUUGUUAUUUUUUGGGUUUGGAAGCUAGUUAUGAUUUUAGAUUACUAGCUACAAAUCGCUUAUGACAUAGAAAAUAAAAUAUUUAUAAAUGGAUGAAGAAGAAGAAUGAGAAUGGAGUGAUUUUUUGUACCCAAUGGCUAGAGUUUUGUAGAGAGAGAAAAUGAAGUGAUUACUUUGUGUACCCAA